AUGGAAGCGGCAUUCUCGCCGAUCUCGAGCGUGGGGUUGAGGAGGUUGGAGUUUAUGACGCGUGUGUCGCAGGCAUCGCAUGCGGGUGAGCUGCAGAUCCGAGCGACCACGCGUAACUCCAAUUCGUCCGACGCACACGACCCAAGACAAUGUCUCUCUCCAUGUUUCCACGUUUCCACGUUUCUUUCUAGGAGCCGGCAUGAAAGCCGGAAGGGCUUGUUCAAUCCGAAGGGUCAUCUCAUCCCCAAAGUUGUAGUCUGUUGCGGGUGGCCGAUCUCUCAGGGUGCGUUUGGAGGCAGGGAGGUUACCCCUCAAAUGGUUGACCGAUCUCCAACUGUUGAACUUGCCAUAUUCGGGAACCCCUCCGUGAAAGAAAUUCGAGGGAAACUCUUCCGAAUUUUUUGGGGUCUUGAUAGACGCGACCAUAUCUUUCUACAUACUCAAUAUCAGCCUGCUCAAGUCUACUGUAUUACUUCCUGUCAUGUUGCUCCAACAAGACUCCGAGUUUCAUUGGCGGAGGAUUCAAGCAUGGAACGCGGUAGCAUUAUUUUUCACACUCUUCGAAAGCAGGAUGUGACAAAGACGAAGACAGACUUCCAUGAGCAACACUUUACCUCAACCUACGCGUCCAUCUCAACUUCCUACCGUCUGCUGGGAACGACUACCAGGAGCAAAUCGCCUCAGAAUGACACUGAAAAGCUCGGAAAAGCGACGGGAAGACCACCUCCCGUCUCAUUGACAAGUGCCGACGGCUCGUUGCUUACCGAAACUUUCGGAGCUGUGCUCGGCAUACCAAAAGAAGACGAGGCAAGACGGGCCGAUCACUUGAUACAGAUAUGGGCGCAAAUAUUGGCGCAUGCCUAUUUGUUCAUAAGUCUCCUUGUCUUCUCUCGAGUUGUCUCAUGCGACAGCCUUCUAGACUUGAGCGAGCUCAUUUUAUGGCCUACUAUAUGGCCCCAAGGAUGCAGCGGGCGGCCCCGGUUAGACCAUGAAGUCUCCAGUUCUAUUCCAGGGUCCAUGUCCGACCGUCGAUCAGUCGGUAGGGACUGCCGCAAGUUAGUUUCUCCGACAGAAUUUGAUUACACUGCUUAUUGCUCGGACUGGUCACGUUUGCCUCCGGUAUAUGACAAGAAAAGACGAAGAGGAGCCGAGAAGGGUUGCUGGACGGCUCACGCUAAUGUCGGGGAAAUCCCAUUGAAAGCUUCGAGAGAUCCUUCAGUUACUGUCGAAAGACAAUGGCGAAUAGCAGAUGAUCCGGCGCACACUGUCUUCCCAGGUCUCAAAGGCCCAGACACUGGGGCAUCCUCUCUCUCGACCACUGCGCAGAGACCCCUACUCAAGCACGAACUCAUACUCGGAGACAAGAACGAGAGUGUACCCGCCGGGGAGACUUACCGCGGGAUUCCGCUCGACAGCGAACAAGUCGUCCGUAAGUCGGGAGGUAGCGUGUACAACGGCAUACGCCACGUGCCGAUCUGGGGCGGCAAAGCUUCUCCUGCGCACGACAACCGACCUCGAUUUGCCAGUAGAACUGGUAUCAAAUCGAUGGUUAUGUCUGGGAUCCGGUUGCUUAUAACGUACAGCCAUCCAUCAUAUCACAGUAGCAGGGCGUGCUUGGUGUUGGUCGGCACCUCCGAGGCUCAACCAGCGAAUAUGGACCUAAGCAAGAUACUUUGUAGAGGUGGCUCUCAAAGAAAUCAUCAGCCUGCUGAAUUUCAAGUCACUGAUACGGCUAUGGAUGCCGACUGGCGUCAUCGAUAUGAAGAGAGCAAGCUAAAUGAUAAAGCGGUAUUUGAGACGUUAGCCACUACUCGAUACCGCAACACGCGACCAGAAGACGCAGUGCCAGGCUUUAUCUCAACCUUGCUCGUUGACUGCGAAAUCAGUGCUGAUGAGCUGCUGACCAUCAACAAUGUCGCAAGAGGUUUGAAGUGGUCGCGGUUAUUCCGAGUCCUGACAACAACAAGACAGGAAGGCCUGCACUCUCAUGAUCUCCAUUUCGCCAUACGAGAGCCGCUGCUAGAGGGGGCCGACACAACGAAACAUGCGUCAAGAGUUGCUCCAGUACAGGACUCUUAA